AUGGUCCGUACCAAGCAAACAGCGCGCAAAUCCACCGGAGGAAAGCUCCCUCGCAAGCAGCUCACCACGAAAGCGGCUCGAAAAGCCACAUCCCAAACUCCGAUGUCCGGCGGUAUCAAGAAACCCCAUCGAUAUCGCCCUGGAACCGUCGCUCUCCGUGAGAUCCGCAAAUAUCAAAAAAGCACUGAGCUGCUGAUCAGAAAGCUCCCAUUUCAGCGCCUUGUUAGAGAAAUAGCGCAAUCCUUCAAGUCAGACCUUAGGUUUCAAUCCUCCGCAAUUGGCGCCCUGCAAGAGGCUGCUGAGGCCUUUCUCGUCGGCUUAUUUGAGGAUACAAACUUGUGUGCCAUUCAUGCCAAGCGUGUUACCAUCAUGCCGAAGGACAUUGCACUCGCUAGACGCAUCAGAGGUGAACGUAUCCAACCCUAA